CACCUGUCCCUUACCUACCACAAGUGGCAUUGAUAGGCUGACGUUGAACUGGAUGAUCUUAAAGAUUUCUUUCACCCCUGACGGUUCUGCAAUUCCAAGCGCUUCCCGCCUGGCUGAGGGAAUGCUCAGAGCUGUCCCAGUCCGAGGGCUGCCGCGCCCGGAGGCGCUCGGGCGGCGCUGCGGCUGCGGCGUCUCCUGAGGGGCCGGGCCGGGGGCUGCCCUCAGAUCCGCGGGAUCCCACCCCUCAGCCCGGCCAUCCCACCCCUCAGCCCGCAGAUCCCAUCCCUCAGCCCGCAGGUCCCACCCCUCAGCCCGGCCAUCCCACCCCUCAGCCCGCAGAUCCCACCCCUCAGCCUGCAGAUCCCACCCCUCAGCCCGCAGAUCCCAUCCCUCAGCCCGCAGGUCCCACCCCUCAGCCGGGCAGCGCUCGGCACUGAGCGCCCGCCUCGCCUUGGGGUGUGCCCGGAGCCGCCCGCGCCGCCGGAUCGCAGAACAAGAACAGAGAUAAAACAAAAAUGAACACUCAAAAGGUGCAGAUAAAUCAGUGUGACAUGAAAACAGAUCUGAACUUACUGCUUGAAUGCCUUAAAUAUCAGAUGGACUGCCCUCUGUCUCAGAAGGAGGCUUUGAUCACUAUCUAUUCCAUUUGCCAACAAAACAGUGAAGCGAGCAAAUACUUUCGAGAAAUUGGUGGUUUGAUGUUUAUAAAUGACCUUGCCAAGUCGAGUGCUCAUUGCAUCGUAAAGGAAGCAGCUUUAUUUACAUUGGGGAUUAUCAUAGAGAGUAAUGUGUAUUGUCAACAGACUUUGUGUACUUCUGCAUUGUUUGAAGACCUCAUUUUAUUUUUAAUUAAAAAGGAUUCUGGUGUGAACUUGAAAAGAAUGUCUGUUUAUGUCAUCUUAGUACUGGUUUCAAAUAAUAAAAAUGGGCAAACCUAUGUCAGAGAUACAGGCUGCAUCAGCCUGCUGCUGCAGUUAUUCAGAACAACUCUCUCCACCUCUGAGAAGAAUGUGUUAGAUGAAAACACUGAUCCCUGCUAUCAGCUCUGGUCCUCAGUGUGCAGCACUCUCUGUGCGUGUGUCAACAACCCCCAGAACGAAGAUAAUCAAAACAUUUGCUGUUCGGUUUUUCCCUAUGCCAAAGAGUGGCUCGAGAGUUGCACGGAACCCGAGAUAGUUCGUCCCAUUUGCUCAUUUCUUGGUCUCACAGUUGCAAAUAACUCAUAUGUGCAGAAAUAUUUUGCUUCUAUCGGAGGAUUGGAUACAUUAGCCAAAGUUCUUCUUGAGCUUAUGCAUGAUUCCUGUUUGAGUCACUCCAGCAUGAAACUUGCAGUGGUAGUAACAAAGACUCUGGAUGCCUGCAUUGCUAAUAACUCUGCCAUGGGUGUUGUCUUGGCAAAGUAUCACACUGUGUCAGAGCUGCUGAAGCUGCUGUCCAAUGAGACACUGAGCACAGGGGAAAAAAUCAGUAUUAUUCUAACAAUUGGACACUGUACUGAAGAUUGUGAAGAAAACCAGUGUGAGCUGCUUCAGAACAAUGGUCUGCCACUUAUGAUUCAGCUAUUGACAGAAUCUCAGGAUGAGGAACUCAUCAAAGCUGCGACUUUUGUGCUGCAGAACUGCAAACAAAUGAGUAGGCUUGCUGUUGCUGCUUUAAAAAUGACAGUGAUUGUUUCCAUCUCUGUGUUCUGCUGAUUCCACAAGUGAUUUUAACUGCAGCUACUUUGUGAUUCUGUGUACUCCAAAAGAUGUUUGUUUUCUGCACAGAAAAUUGUUUAUUUGUUAUCAAGAACUGACUUAGGCAGAAAAAAGAGAAGGAAAAAUUCCAACAGUGUUGCAAAAAAUGCAUUUGUGAAACUUCUCCAUGUAGGGCCAUUUCUUAAAGCUUUCCCAUUUAUAAUUGUGUGGAAAAUAUGAACAUUGUCAUUUAAUACCCAGUGGAUACUCUCUUCCUGGGGAUGUACCACUAGAGGGAGAGAAUAAACCAGGAGAUAAUCAA